AUGGUACCCUAUUACAGAGACCAGCAACUGGACAGCAUCUUCUCCACUCGAGAUCCCGAGCACCACAAAAGCCUCAAACGGCCCGUCGCCCAGCUCUUUUCCAUGUCCAACAUGCGCAACUACGAGCCCUACGCUAACGAGUGCUCAGCAAUAUUUACCCAGACGAUGCGGGAACUCGAGGGGCAGAACAUCGACCUGUCAGACUGGCUACAAUGGUAUGCGUUCGACGUCAUCGCCUGCAUUACGUUCCAGCGCCGCUUCGGGUUCAUGGAGCAGCGCCGCGAUGUGGAUGACAUGAUGCGCGACACCCGUGCGGCCCUGGCCUACUUCAAGGUCGUGGGCCAGUAUCCCGCGCUGCAUUCCUGGGGCAUGGGCAAUCGAAGGUUCGUGACCCUUCUCAAGACCUUCAUGCCCAACAUGCCAGACGCCUUGAGCCGGUUUCUGCAGGUCACCGAGCAAGAGAUAGAACGGUAUGACCGAGAAGAGAAAAAGGAAGGGGUGGAGCGAACAGAUUUCCUGGCCCAGAUCAGAUCAAAGCAACAGAUCAGCGACAAGAUUACCUACAUGGAUCUGGUGAACCAUCUGUCCAACAACAUUCUGGCUGGCAGCGACACCACGGCCAUUGCAUUGCGCUCAUGCUUUUACUACCUGAUCAAGACACCCGCUGCGUACUACAAACUUCAGGUCGAACUCGACGAGGCUGAGGCGCGUGGUGAAUUGUCGCCCUAUAUCACUUACGAGGAGUGCCUGCGUCUGCCAUACCUUCAAGCGGUCAUGAAGGAGGCGCUGCGUAUCCACCCGGGCAUCUGCUUUCCCCUGGAGCGAUACGUGCCCGAAGGCGGCGCGACUGUGUGUGGUGUCCACCUGCCCGCUGGAACCAACAUCAGUAUGAGUGCUCCGACCAUCCAUUUCGACAAAGACAUCUACGGCGCCGAUGCUGACCGGUUCCGCCCGGAACGGUGGAUCGAAUCGCCGCCGGACCAGAUUCGAGAAAUGGACCGAUGUUUUCUGGCUUUCGGGCAGGGUGCGAGAACGUGCAUUGGCAAGAACAUCUCCAUUCUGGAAAUGGGCAAGUUCUUGCCUCAGAUUCUGCGCCAAUUCGACAUCGAGUGGGCUUCGGACGAACCUGAGUGGAAGACAGAUGCGGCUUGGCUUUGGCUACAGUGGGGCCUGAUCGUACGAUUCAAGGUUCGAGGAAAGACGAUGUGA